AUGUUGAAUCGAAAGAAAAGGCCCAUAGCCUGUUGCUCUGUAAUUAACACUGGAUCUGAGUUAAAAAAACAAAAAAAAAAACGAUAUUAAUUUCGGAUAGCAUAAAGGUUGAUUUUUCGUACUCAUUUUUUCUGUAUCGGUUUAGAAUAUUAAGUAAAAUUUCGGACCUAGAUCUAUCAAUUGAGCAUUGAAACAACGAACUCUAGAUUCUAGUCUAGACUCUGAUGAACUCGGUGACUGUCACUCUGACUCAAGACAAGAGUCAACUCUAGAGUAGAUGUGUAAACUAAACAGUAAAACAAGUCCGGAAGUUAGAUCUAGACCCAAGUGAUGUUGGUACUUCAUGUUUCUGGUCUAUUGAUGAAGUGGCAAUAAAGUACAACAACUAAUUUGUUUCGACACUCAAGAAAAUGUUUGGAAAGAAGAAGAAGCCAAAGAUUCAGAUUUCCAAACCAUCCAACUUUGAACAUAGAGUACACACUGGAUUUGAUUGGGAGAAUGGAGUAUUUAUUGGGCUUCCUGCGCAGUGGGCAGGCAUCAUAGAAGACAAAGGGAGACGAAGACCUAUUGUAGAUCCCUCCACAAUUACCCAGACUGAUGUAGAGCCACUUAAGACUAUUAUUAGAGGACAACAGAAUGGUCACUCACAAAAUAUCAGUAUAGCUAGAUCAAACUCAUUGCGCAGAGAGAGUCCACCUCCAUAUAGGCCGCGCCCACCAGGCAAUGACUAUCCUGCCGUUCCUGAGGAUGACAUGUUACAGCAAAUACCCAGACAUGAGUACGGAGGACAUCAAGGCUACUCCCAGCCACACCCUCAACAGUCACCCCAUUACCAGCAUCAAGGAGGACCAAAUUACAGAGACCGGCCUGAUUAUAAUGGGGAGUACCCACGGGAGAUGCACAGAGAUAUGGGAAGAAACCAGUCUUUCCACCACCCCCAACAAGAGCAAGUAGACCCAAGAAUUAAGAGCAGCAUGUACCAUGACAGUGUGGACAACAGGCGAACUGAUUACAAUCAAGGCACUUUAGAUAAGCGAGGCAUGCAUCAUGAUGCAAACAAAAGGAGUAACAACGCCUCUGAUGGCCAUCCCAGGAGCGAUGGACCACCCCUGCGCCACAGCCACUAUGAUGAUCGCUCACCACAACAACAUAAUAGUAAUGAUCGGUAUCGCCAAUCCUCAAAUGGUGUUUUACCGUCAGGCUCACCUCGCCAUCAAAGUAUUCCACCUGCUCACCAAGAUCAUCCUAAUUAUGCUAGCAUUUCAAGAUCACCUGCAGCACUCCAGUAUGAAAGGCACACUGAUUCACCACACCAGACUUCCAUGGGAUACCAGCAAGGUGGGACCAGCCCCAUGUCCAGUCCUCCUCACUCUCCCAACAGGCCCCCGUAUUCACAGCAGUCAUCUCCAUCCCUGAAACUGCCCAACCGGAACCAGCAGCAGGCACCUGGACCAGAGCAGCAGCGUUUGUCUCAUGAUGAGUUUCGGCGGACACUUCAAUAUGUGGUCAACCCUGGUGAGCCUCGUCAAUUCUUGGAAAACUUUAUGAAAAUUGGUGAAGGCUCCACUGGCAUUGUCUGUACUGCCAUGGACAAGACUCGGGGUAAACUUGUGGCAGUUAAGAAGAUGGACAUGAGGAAACAGCAGCGUAGAGAACUUUUAUUCAAUGAGGUUGUUGUGAUGAGAGACUAUCACCACCCCAACAUUGUGGAGAUGUACAACAGUUACUUGGUUGGUGAUGAGUUGUGGGUUGUUAUGGAGUACAUGGAGGGAGGGGCACUGACAGACAUAGUCACUCACAGCAGAAUGGAUGAAGUUCAGAUUGCCACUGUAUGUAAGGCAUGUUUGAAGGCAUUAGCUUUCCUCCACUCCCAUGGCGUCAUUCACAGAGACAUCAAGUCAGACUCCAUUCUCUUAUCACAUGAUGGAAAGGUGAAGUUGUCUGAUUUUGGGUUCUGUGCACAAGUAACACCAGAUCUACAGAAAAGAAAGUCACUUGUUGGUACACCUUACUGGAUGGCUCCUGAGGUCAUCUCUAGGUUACCUUAUGGUCCAGAGGUUGAUAUUUGGUCUCUUGGAAUCAUGGUGAUUGAAAUGAUUGAUGGUGAGCCUCCAUUUUUCAAUGAACCACCUUUGCAGGCUAUGAGACGCAUCAGAGACAUGCCUCCACCUAAACUCAAAAACACUCAUCGAGUUUCUCCAAGACUGCAAGGUUUCUUAGAUCGUAUGCUAGUCCGUGACCAUGCACAACGGGCGACAGCUGCUGAGUUGAUGCAGCAUCAAUUUUUGAGAGAAGCUGGGGGACCAUCAUGCCUUAUUCCUUUAAUACGUUCUACUCGUCACAGUCCAUGUUAAGUGCUGUACAAUUCACAGUUUAAUAACUUGAGAGAACUCAGGCCAUAGCAGCCCUAAGUGUCAGUUUAUGUGUCAGCCACUCCUGUAUGCUAGAAAACAUGUCAUAGAAAGUCAAAUCCACCUACAAAAUGGCUGUCAUCCAAAAAUCAAAAUGUACUAUGCACCAGACAAGAUGUACAUCUUUUAUAAGGGCUGAUAUCUCUAAACUAUAUAAAUUAUAGCAUGUAUCAGACUUGUGCACAAUCUUCUUGAAGUCAAACCAAAUACUAACAUGGCUGAUAUAUUUAUCUAGAAGGCCAACUUUAUAUUUUGGUGGGACUUUGAUGGAUUCAUAAUUCACACACAUGGAGGGAUGUUUCUCUCAUCUAUUUUUUUUUUUUUUUCUACUACAACGAAUGUGACAAUGGUGAUAGGCUUCUCUUCAAGACACUGCAUCAAAACUAAAUGUAGAACCCAAUGUUGACUAGUUUCCUGCUUGAUGCUACUGUUUCUUGAAGUUUGUCCAACUUGGAUAUAAUGUAAAGCAGUGCUAAGUUUUAGUAACUAGUAGUGUACAGUUUUAUUUAUAUUUUUUUGGUUGUUGUGAGAGUCAGUUCAAAUUAGACUAGUUUUUAUCAGGUCUAUUCAGAAAUAUUCAAACAUAUAUAAUAUAUAUUUGUAUCUACGCUAAUAGAAUAUUAAUGUGAUGAUACUGUAAAUAUAUUUUAAUCAUGGUGAAGGUAUAAGGUCUAUUAAUACCAAAAGUCUUCUAAUAGCCUAGGUCUUCUGACUAUAACCUAGCUAAUGAAGAGUCCACAAAUCUUGUAGCCUGCUCAUAAUUUGAACUGCGCCCCUACUGCAUUGAACUCUCAUCUUUUCCAACCCAAUUAUAAACAUUUUUUCAAAUACUAGUUGUUGAUACCCCCCACCCCCCUUUUUCUCAAAUUGUUGUGUGCUCCCUGUUUUAUUGAAGUGUGACCCGACACUGACAAUCUUGACACUACUGCAUUUGAUUUGGUUGACUUUUGUCAUUUAAUUUACCUUUGUAUAAGGCUUGUUGUCUGAAGUUGUUCCAGUGAAAUGUUUGUUUUAUAAUUAAUUAUCAAGUUCAAUAGAAAUAAUAAAAAGAUGAUUAAAAAUUAUUUAUUUAUUUAAAGCCCUAAGUUCUCUUUGUAAUCAUUUAGAACAUUGUUUUAGAAAAUUGCAAUCACUUGCAAGGUUAUCUCACUUUUUUGCCUUGACCUUGGUCCGCCCAUAGAGUUUGUGAAGUAUAUUUGCAUUGUGAUGACAUCGUUCUGUCGACUGGUUAUCUGCACACGCACUGGUCAUUCUCUCUUGUUCUGGCAUUCCUGUUUUUAUAAACAUUUUUUUUUAUCCAAUUUAUUUCUGGAGAACAAAACUACAAAAUGUUGUGAAAAAGUUAUUUCAUUUAUAAAUAGAACUCGUCAUUCAUGUAUUUGUAUACAUACAUAUUGUUCACUCUAGAAGCCAUAUUGUAAUCUCUGCCUUAUGUUGUAUGUAUACAAUGUACCGGUUCAGUAUAUUUGUACAUGGAUGUAAAUAAUGGCUAAGCUACCUUCAGAAUAUUUACAUUGACUAUUAGACAUGGUUCCUGUUCUAUGAAUCAGUUGUCCCAGAUAUUUUGUUUGUGCUAUAUUUUUCUAUUUUUAUUAUUUUUGUUUUAAAUUGUGCAACUGAACAAUUGGUCUAUUAAUGAUAUAACAGAUGAACUGAGGAUAAUAGAGCUCAUUUCUAGGAUUUAGCAAAAUUAUGUGACUUACUGAUAUUUUAUGUUGAGCAUUUUUUAAAUUUUUUUUAAAUUUUAGAUUUGUUAGUAAUUGCUUUUUUUUUCCAAUUCUUUAGUUUGCAAAUUUCUACCAAUAAAUAUUGCCUGAAUUUUUCACAACUUACUUAAUAUCAGUUUGUACUGAUGUUAAAGAAACUCACUGAUAUUUGUUUGAUUAAAAAACAAAAAGACUCUGCUA